AUGGAGAUCGCUGGCCUAGCCCUCUCCGCCGUAUCUGCCGGCCCGGUCUUGGCAGAGUACGGCUACCGGAUCUACAGACGGGUUGAGGACAAGAGACGACUCGCUCCUUUGGCUCAGGAGCUAAGCGUGUUCGCCUUGGAUGACCGAAAGGACCAACUCACUCUCAUCAUCGAGUUGGCCCGGCCAGUUUUCAGAAGCCGCACCAUCAUGCCGGAGCACCGGGAGCGGCUUGUCAGGACCUGGGAGCGAUUCAAAGAACAACUGGGACGGGUAGACCAGCUCAUGAGCCUCGUGACAUCGAAUUCGUCGAUUUGGGACUCAUGGUCACGACUAGAAGCUCGUAAUGAGUUGAUACGGAUCGGCAGCAGCGGCGUGCUCACGCGACUGAGAAACGAGUUCCGCGACGAUGUGAUGAUGCUUCGUGAGCAUCUCAAGGAUCUAUCUCCACUCUAUCUCUCCUCUAGGGACUUUACAAUCAUCGAGGCCGUCGGAAACGAUCCGACCUUCGUCAUCGGAGGGAGAUCAACAGCUUCUCAGGAUAUCCAAUGGUACCUUCUGGAAUCUAAGCCGUAUCUGUUGGAAACUAAGGAUGAAGCAAGAGAGAGCAUCGAAAUACUCUCCUCGAAGCUUUCUGAACUCCAAUCUCAUACUGGAAUCCUGCCUCUUCUUGGGUACCGAGACGAGCCGGGUCGCGAUGGCGGUCAUUUUCAGCUGAUUUUUCGAGGUCCUUUUGAAGCGGGAUUUCCGGCGACGCUCUCGGCAUAUAUGGCGACUUGUCCAUCCAAGCCUUCACUGAACUUCCGAGUCGAUCUUUGCUAUCAGCUUGCCGCUGCCGUCCUCCAGACUCAACUGCUUGGCUUGGUCCACAAGAACAUUCGACCGGAAAAUAUUCUGAUCCACCCACCUGAGGCCUUCCAGUCACCGACUGCACGACCCUGGGAGAAUAUACCUGCACUGAGUCUUUGUGGAUGGCAAUACGCCCGAGAGGUCGAGCAGGGCGUGACACGGUUGACCGGCGACGUGACUCUUCAGCGCAAGAUCUAUCAGCAUCCAGAGCGCCAGCUCCCAACCGCAGAACGAGAGUACUCAAUGGCACACGAUGUCUACAGCUUAGGCGUCUGUAUGCUAGAGAUAAUCCUCUGGGAGAGUGUCCUGCGGCCCACGCCUCCAUUCGUCUGUCCCGCAUUCGUCGAGACGUUUACGCGUCUUGGCUUUCGACCAAACGAAGCUGACCCUGGGGACUACUACACCAAGUUCCCAAACAAGAACAAAGCCAUCCUUCUUUCCAUGAGCGAAAGUCUGAUCCCUGCUGAAGCGGGGACAAAGAUGACCCGCGCUGUGUGCGAGUUCUUGACGUGUCUAGACCGCAAGGGGGAGGAUUUGGAUGAAGAGCCGAAUGAUUAUGUGAUCAAUGAUGAGGCGGAUAGGAUCAUGGUGGCUAUGAACUUUGUCGACACGGGUUUGAAGGAUCUACGGAACAUUCAAGCGUCGAUUUGA